AUGGAUUACGACCGCUACGACGCCUUCCUCCACCACAUCUUCAAGCAAACUCAGGGCGACGCGUGGUUCCGCCCCAACGAGGACAACCUCUCCGCCGGUGUCGCGCUCCGUGUCGACAAUGGCCCCGAAUUCCGUGUCUUCCCUUAUGAGAACCUCGCUCUCGAGCCGUUCGAGGCAGCGGUCUCUGCGCUGAACCCGGCCGUCGCCAUCAAGGUCCGCAGCGCAUCCGUGCACGCAGCUUUGGCAGAAGUUGGCCCCGAUGACAGGUCAAUCUACGUCGACGCAAAUACGCGUAUUCAAAUCAUUGAGACGAUGAUGGACCUCCCCACGGCGGACAAGGAGCAGAACGCGGCCUUCGUGCGUGACGAGCGUGUCCUUGUCGUUUGGUCAGACUCGAUCGACGACAUUAUCCCGACAUGCCACGAUUUCGAGGAACGCCUUAUCAAGCUGCUCUGGCGAUCAAGACCAAACGCAGUGGGCAGCCACGGCGCGAGCUCAAGCAGUCACCCUGCGAGCAUCAGUGGUUCCGGAUCUGGUAACUCACUCUACCGUUCAGGUCGAUCAAGCAGUCAACUGCCACCAGCACCGGGCACACCGGGCGUCCCCGGCACCCCUCGCGGCAUGGGCCGCAUGAGCCUGCUCAUGGGCAAGGACGACAUCGAGAAAGGGGCUGGCGUCGAGGAGACUGUUGUCAAGACGAAGACCAUACGGACAUGGUACGGCAAGAAGAAGACGAUCAUCAUCGAGGGCCCCGACAUGAGCGAGUUGGACAACGCGCUCCCCCAGAAGCGACCCGCGUUGUUGUAUGCGCCUAUUUACAAUGGGCUUGCAGCGGGUCUCUCUGUCUACUUCAUCGGCAACGGUUUCAAGACGCUGCUCGCCGAGUGGCGGCUCGACAACAACUUCGUUCGGUUUGCACUCGUGGCGACGAUGCCAUUCCUGUACUGCGUCUCGCUCUUCUUCGCCCUCCAGAUCAUCCAGAACGUGUCCAUGGCCAUCGGUCCCAUCGCGCAGUACCACGAAAACUCAAAGUACUAUUCCGCCAUCAAGCCCCGGCCGAACAAGAUCGUGGAUAACGACCUGCCGCACAUCACGAUUCAGAUGCCGGUGUACAAGGAGUCUCUGGAAACCGUCUUGGCGCCAUCUAUCGAGUCAAUCAAAAAGGCGAUGCAGACGUAUGCCCGGCAAGGUGGUACGUCCACGAUAUUCGUCAACGACGAUGGUCUCAGGUUGCUCUCGGUCGAGGAGCGUGACACACGCAUAGCGUUCUACGCCAACCACGGCAUUGGCUGGGUCGCGCGGCCGAAGCACGAUGAUGCGCCGGACGGGUUCCAGCGUGCGGGUCGGUUCAAGAAGGCCUCGAACAUGAACUACGGUUUGAGGCUCUCGCUGAUCGCCGAGACGCACCUCGAGAAGCUGCUCGCGGAGGAGAAGGAGCGCGGCCCCCGGAAGAGCGACUCACUCGGACCUGACGCGGAGCAGCGCUACGGCAUGCAGUACCAGCACCGGGACGGCGGCAACGCCAGCGUCGUCGGCUUCGGCGGCGAGGACGACGAGAAGGUGAACUCGGAAGACUGGGAGCUCGAGGAGCGCGCGCUGCAAUUGGCCAUCGACGAGGUGUACGAGUCGAGCGGCCGCAAGUUCCGCCCCUGGGCCGCCAACGGACGUGCGUGCCGUGUGGGCGAGAUCAUCCUGAUCGUCGACUCGGACACCAUCGUGCCGGAGGACUGCUUCCGGGACGCGGCGCGCGAGAUGGCGGAGUGCCCCGAUGUCGGCGUCAUCCAGCACGAGUCGGACGUCAUGCAGGUCGCGCAUCACUACUUCGAGAACGGCAUCGCGUACUUCACCCGGCGUAUCAACAAAUGUAUCUCGUACGCGUGCGCGAACGGCGAGGUCGCGCCGUUCGUCGGGCACAACGCGUUCCUCCGCUGGAGGGCCGUCCAGGACGCCGCGUUCAUCGACCGCGCGGACGGCCAGGAGAAGAUCUGGUCCGAGAGCAACGUGUCGGAGGACUUCGACAUGGCGAUGCGGCUCCAGAAGCGCGGGUUCAUCAUCCGGUGGGCGACGUACUCACUCGGCGGCUUCAAGGAGGGUGUGUCUCUGACGUGCGACGACGAGCUGAACCGGUGGCAGAAGUACGCGUACGGCUGUAACGAACUGCUGUUCAACCCGAUCGCUCAGUGGUGGCGCAAGGGCCCGAUCGCGAGGGAGAUCCACUCGUUCCUCUGGUCGUCCGCGCCUUUGCACUACAAGUUCUCGAUGAUGUCGUACAUGUUCUCGUACUACGGUAUCGCGUGUUCGAUCACGAUCGGUGUCAUCAACUACAUCCUCCUCGGCUUCGAGCUUCCCGUCGACGGCUACUACAUGCACUCGUUCGAGAUUUGGCUGGCGACGACGGUCGUGUUCAUCGGCUCCGGGAACGUCGGCUACACCCUGCUCCAGUACCGUCUCGGCGAGGAGCCGCUGAUCAAGUCCUUCCUCAUCAACGUUAUGUGGAUUCCAUACUUCUUCUUCUUCUUCGGUGGUCUGUCGAUCCCCGUCAGCCAGGCGAUUCUCGCCCACCUGUUCUCAUACAACAUCUCGUGGGGUGCGACGAAGAAGGAGGUCGAGCGGUCGAACUUCUUCGAGGAGAUCCCGAAGAUCCUCAAGAGGUUCUGGGUGCCGUGGCUGAUUUGCAUUCUGCUCACGGCGGCCCUGAUCAUCCUGUCGACGUCAUUAGUGCCCGUGCAAUGGCGCAUCGACGGGUCAGCAUGGGCCGUCAUCUUCCCGUUGUCGAUCCAGAUCGGAUGCCACUUGCUGUACCCGGUCGUGCUGAACCCGUGGCUGAUGGUGUUCUCGUACUGA